GGUUAUCCAGUUUCCAAACCAGAUGUCAUCUCCAAGUUGGAACAAGGAAAAGAUCCAUGUAUCAUGAAGAGAGAUAUACCGAACUGGACCUACCCAGAUGAAAAUCACAGAGUUCCUCUGUUUACUCACCAUCAUGAGCCAGCUGUACUCAGAUACUCCUAAUGCUGAAGAACACCUAGAUUUGGUCUCCAGCUUUAAAUAUUUUAAGAACUCAAACAUGAAAAACAAACUCAUCUCUCAAGAAACCAUCAGUGCAAUUGAGUUACACUUGUCAAAAGGAGACAUUCAAGGGACAAAUUCUGUGAUCACUGCUGCCUUAAAAGAAAUUGAUAAUAUGCCACUCAACAUUGCUGUGACAGGGGAAUCUGGAACAGGGAAGUCCAGUUUCAUCAAUGCCCUGAGAGGGGUUGAGCAUGAAUCAAAAUAUGCAGCUCCCAUUGGGGUGUGUGAAACAACCAUGGAGAGAUUUUCAUACUCUCACCCGAUCUUUCCCAAUGUGAUGAUAUGGGACCUACCUGGCAUCGGAACCACCAAUUUCCAACCAAAAGAUUAUCUUAGGCAAGUACAGUUUGUUGAAUAUGACUUUUUUAUUAUUGUUUCUGCUACAUGCUUCAAAAAAAAUGAUAUAGACCUGGCCAAAGUGAAGAAUUAUGAAAAAAAUUUCUACUUUGUGAGAACCAAGGUGGACUCUGACUUAAGAAAUGAAAAGAAAUGUAAACCAUCCACAUUUAAUGAAGAAAGAGUCUUGCAGACAAUCCGAAACAACUGUCUGGAUAACUUUAAGAAGAACAACAUGAUCGAACCACAAAUCUUCUUAAUCUCUAACAACAAUUCAUCUAAAUUUGAUUUCCCAAUCCUGAUGGACACCUUAAUAAAUGAUGUCCCUAUUCAAAAGCGCCACAUUUUUAUGCUUUCCUUGCCUAAUAUUACUGAGGCAGCCAUUGAAAGAAAGCGGGAGUCUCUGAAGCACUAUAUCUGGCUAGAAGCCUUUAAGGGUGGAUUACUGGCUACCUUGCCCAUGCAGGGUGUGAUCAGUGUCAAUGAUAUGAAGAAGCUGAAGGCAAUUUUAAACCACUUCCAAGUCCUGUUUGGAGUGGAUGAUUUGUCACUGAAGUCUUUGGCUAAGAAUUUGCAAGUACCUCUGGAACAACUUAAGGCAAUCAUUAAAUCUCCAAAUUUGUUGGAAAUUAAUAAUGAAGAAACAACAGGAGAAAAACUUUGGAGACAUAUGGAGACAUUCUGUUUUAUUAAUGGAGGUCUCCUUGCUACAGGACUUUACUUUAAGAAAAUCUUUUACUUGCAACUACAUUUUCUUGACACAGUGACUGAAGAUGCUAAAGUUAUCAUUAAAAAGUCAUAUUCAAGACAAAAUUCAAACCUACCUCACCUCACAGCUGCUGAUCUUAAUAAAACCUAAUGGUCAACACCAGAGUCAUGGAUAAAUUCUCUCUUCUCACAAGUUUUCUUUAGAGGGUUUUAGACCUUAAUUAUGGAAUAAUACUAUUAUAGGGAGCUAAGUUAGAUAACAAUUAAUGCUUUCAAGGAAAUUGGGAAAUUGCCCUCUCAAGGAAGUUGGUGAAGAAUAAAGACAUCAGAAUUGUGGCUGGAGGUGCAUCUGAAGAAGGCCAGGCCUUAAGAUAAAGAUAUAAUGGCCAGAUCUGCAUGUCUCCCUAAGGGAUAGACAAUAAUUUGAGAUUAUAUUGUAAUUAGCACCAUUUGCUCCAAUAAGUCCAGACAGGCAUCAGUUGCCCAGAUGGGUGACCAGAGGAUCCAGACCUAUCCCUUCCCAAAAAUGCCUUUGUUCUUUCCAAAUACCCUUGCUACUAGACUCAUUUCCCUUUCUGAUCAAUAUUAGCUAAGCAGCUAUACUUAUAAUCCUAUAGGCUGAUUGUAGUUUGACCCAUGUUAUACAGAUAUUGUGACUUUGCUGUAUAAAUUACCUCUGAAAAAGAGCCUUGGUGAUCACCCCAUUUGUGACCCCUCCUGGAACUCCAGGAAUUAGUCUUCUUUCCUUAUUCCCAAUAAAAUUCUCCUAACUUCUU